CCAUCUUUGUUUGGCAGUUUUGACAAGUGCGUGUGCGAGAGAAAAAAUAAAGUUUUCCAGUUUUUGACGAGGGACGACGAUAUUCGUUUUGCGGGCCGCGAAAUUCCGAGUGUUCCGGUCGCAUUUCCGCCUUUUACGGGUCUCCAGAGACCAGGUGCAACCGGACCGGCUCGAGUUUUAAUGGUUCCGGUGAAUUUCGGCGCUGAAAAGUGUGGUAAAUUUGCUCCUCUUCCCGGGGUCGCCGCAAAGAAGAGGGUUGUGAAAAAGAAGCUGCUCCGCGGUCCGGCAAACAAAAAAUCCGUUUCGUGGGAAAAUGUCGAGCGAAUCUAACAGUACUGCUGACGAGGCAACCGACGAGUUGCGGAAGGAGGGCGAACCGGAGGAGAAUGGAACCGGCGAGGGCAGUCCGAAGGAAGAGGUGAAGGAAUCGGAGGAAACAUUAGAAGACGCUGAAGUGAAGGAAUCUGCUGCGGAAGAGGGAGAAGGUAAGGAGGAGGAUAAGGUAGAGGCUUCACCGGUAAAAGAGGAACCACAGCAUAUGAAAGAUGAAGAUCUGUACGAUAAGCUGAGCUGUAGUAGUCCGGAGCCGGGUGAACUGCCAGAUGAUGACGAACCGGUGGGAUACAAACGGGAAAAGAAAUACGAGCCAGUGCCAGCGGAGGGCAGUAGUUCCUGUGGGUAUGAUUCGGUGACAAGCCCGUACCAAACAAGCCGCGAACGGAAGCUGUCCGAGUUGGCGAUGAUGGACAUAAAGCGCGAGUCCUACCGGAGUCCAGCGCUCGACGAAACUGACCGGAUCGAGCGGCUCCGACAUUCGACCUCCCGUGGGGCGAGCUACGAUCGGGAAAUCAAAAGUCCUGCGCUUCCCAAACAGGAGUACUACUCCGAUCUGGACGAUGACGACGACGAGGAUCACACGCCGUCUGCCAGUCCCAAGAUAAAGGUGACCGUCGAUGAGGAGCCGCCGCCGGUUAAAAAGAUGGCCAGCAUUUUCGAUAAGAAGGUUAAGAAAGAGGAAAGCAACUCGGACGGGAUUCUGCAGGAGAAGCUAAAGCAGUACUUUGGCCACAACGACUUUAAGAGUCCGCUGCAGAAGGAAGCAAUACAAACCAUCAUCUCGAGAACCCGCGACGUGUACGUCUCGAUGCCGACCGGUUCCGGCAAAUCGCUCUGCUUCCAGCUGCCCGGCGUCAUGCAGGACAACCGGGUGACGAUCGUGUUUUCGCCGCUGCUGGCGCUUAUCAAAGAUCAGCUGGACACGCUGGCCAAGCUGAAAAUCCCGGCCGACUCCAUCAACUCCAAGAUGAGCAACAAGGACCGCGACCGGGUUCUGAACGACCUGAAGAGCAUCCGCACGGACAUUCGCUUUCUGUACAUUACGCCGGAGCAGGCCAACACGGCCACCUUCAAGGAGCUGAUGAAGCUGCUAGUCAAACACAAAAAGGUCGCGUACGUCGUCGUGGACGAGGCGCACUGCGUCAGCGAGUGGGGUCACGACUUCCGGCCGGACUAUCUCAAGCUGGGAUACCUGCGGACGGAGUACCCGUCGAUUCCGUGGAUCGCAUUGACGGCGACCGCUUCAAAGCAGGUGGUGAGUGACAUCUUUAAGAAUCUGCGGCUGAAGGAGCCGGUGGCCAAGUUCAAGACGCCCUGCUUCCGCAAGAAUCUCUUCUACGAUGUGGUGUUCAAAAACUCGAUCCAGGACGAUUACAUCCAUUUGCGGGAUUACAUCGAGAGUAUAUUGGAGAAGGAGGACGUUGACGUUAAACCGAGCAAGAAAGCAUGCGGCAUCAUCUACUGCCGAACGCGUGAAACGACGGAACGGGUCGCAAACAGUCUGUCCAAACUGGGACUGAAGGCGGCCGCCUACCACGCGGGCCUGAAGCAAUCCGAGCGCGUGUCGGUGCAGGAAGAUUGGAUGGACGGCAAGUACCCGGUGAUAUCGGCCACGAUCAGCUUCGGCAUGGGCGUGGACAAGGGUUCGGUGCGGUUCGUCAUCCAUUGGGACAUUCCUCAGAACGUGGCUUCCUACUACCAGGAAUCGGGUCGAGCCGGCCGGGACGGGAAGAAAUCCUACUGUCGCAUUUACCACUGCCGGGAGCAGUGCAAAUCCAUCGAUUUUCUGCUCCGGCAGGAUCUCGGGAAGAGCAAAGACAAGGAUGGCAAGGAGGACAAACACGACAAAGCAAAACUGGCUGUGAAGAACUUUGAGAAGAUUGUUGAUUUCUGCGAGAGUGCGUACUGCCGGCACAAGCUGUUUUCGGACUUUUUCGGCGACGAUCCGCCGGACUGUAACGGAAUGUGUGACGUGUGCACCGACCCGAAAAAGGUAGAAAAAGCCAUCGAAACGUUCCAACAGCUGUCGGUGUCGGGCAAGCUCAAAACCAAAAUCGGCUACGAUGACAACUUUGCUGAUCUGUACGAGGGCGGACGAAAGGGCUACGAAAACGACUACGCAGCCGGCAACGACGACGACAACGAAGACGACGGCGACGCACGGGAAAAGCGAGCCAAACGCGAAACGGAACUUCUCAUCCAGAAGCAGUUUGCCCUGCGGAAGGCUUCCGCGGCCAAAGAGCUGGACAUGCACAAAACCGCCUCCAUCAGUCGGGUCAAGUUUGCGAUGCAGACCACGGUGAAGGUUAACGGGUUGACGAUUUCGUCGCGCGAGGCCAACCUCACGAUGCUGGCGGAUUUGCUCAAGAAGAAUGUCGAUGCAUGCAAGGACACGGAACGGCCGGAGAACGAGCUCGUGUACAAGGACUUUGAGGAUAUUGGCGUGCAGAUGGAGUACGAAGCGUUCACCACCAGCACCGUGGCCAGUUUGUACCGGAGGUCGAUCGCCAAGCAUAUAUCCGCCAUCAAAGCGGCCACGUCCUCGGGAAUGCUGUACCCGGACCUGAAGCACCACGUGCCGCACGCCCGCAACUCGCACGGCGGCGAGUUCAAAACCAUCGAGGCCGAGCUGAAGCGCAAGUAUGGCAACGAAAUUGUGGACGAGCUGCGCCAAGACGACGAGCGACGUCGCGGCGGGUCACCGGUGCAUCGUGGCGGCGGAACCAACGGCAGACCGCGCGGCGGUGGUCGGUUUAACCACUCGCGGGACGGCAUGAACCAAACGUCGAUCAAUUCGUUCUUUGGCAAGCAGCAGCAGCAGCUGGGUGGACGAGGAGGGGGUGGCAUGGCAAGUCUGGCCACCUUGGACGACGGGGACAUGUGGGACGAUGGAGAGGAUGGUGGAGGUGCGGCGGCGGCGGCGGCCCAAGCAGGGGCUGAUGCAGAGUCGAAGCAGGUCGGGGAGAAGUGCGAGAUUGAAGGGCGGAGGUCACCCUCGGUGGAGCUUGUUUCGAGUGACUCGUUUUCGCAUCCCGCGAAGGACGACUGGGGAGAGCGGGAAGAGCGCAAGCACAAGAAAAGAAAGUCGAAAACGCGAUCGCGGGAUGCUUCGAGGGACCGAUCUCCGGUGAGGCGCGAACGGUCGAGGGAAAAGUCCCGCGGCAAGUCGAGGUCGAAGAGCGGGCACAGAUCGCGUGACAGGUCCAGAUCGCACGAGAAACCAGCGUCGUAUCGCUCGGGAAGAUCGCAGUCGAGGGAGAUCGAAGAAGGUCGACGGAAACACAGGAAAUCCUGGAACAGACACGGCGACGAGGACGAUCACUACGAUAGUCGGCCGCGGAAAAGAUACGCAGGCGAGUACGAAUCGCAACCUGCGGUCAAGCGUCCACCAUCUCCGCAAGAAGAUUACAACUACUCCAAGCAAAAGUCACGCGUGUCCCACUACGAUCGAGCGCCACCCGGCCCGUCGGAGUACAAGUCCUCGUACGGCGGCGGUAGAAACUAUGGUGCUAGCAGCUACGACCGCUCGUCUUCUUCAAUGGGCGCUGCCAACGCUUCGCUUCUCUCAACCGAUGAUAUGUGGGACGAACCCGUGACGGCUGCCGCAAGCUCAUCGAAAAAGGUCGAUUCGGAAGAAGCCACCUCGAAAUAUACUCCUCCACCGCCCAUGGUCAAAUCACCUCCUCCACCACCCUCCAUCGUUCCAGAGUCGAGCUACUCAACCGGCUACUCGAUCUACAACCAACAAACGCUCCAAUCGGUCGUCUAUCCACCGGAACUCCCUCCCCCACCCCCACAAAUUUCCCCCUCCAGGAAAAAGUCCUCUUCAAAGAAGAACUACGACUACCUUUUCGACGCUCCAUCCUCGGACCACACCAAAAAGUCCUCCAGUACGCCCUCCUCCGCAUCUUCGUCCGCCUCGUCCGUACCGGUCAACUCUCUGACCGCAGCCCAGUUCACCACGGCGGCCAAGAUACACGCCACCAUACAGAAAUUGAACGCCGCCGUCAGCAGCGCCGCACGCAACGGCAACUCGUCCUCCUCCUCGUCCGCUUCAUCGCUCUCGACGGCUGCGGCAGCCAACUCGUCCGCACCCGCACCGAAAAAAUCUUCCAGCACCGCUUCCUCGACGGCGGCCGCCAUUCCGGAGCCGGCGGCGGCAGCAGCAGUCGAGAAGCCAACGCAAGCAGCUGCUGCUGGUGGUGCCGUGGGUGAGCAGGAAAAGAUUUCCAAGAAGAACCUGGCCGACGUCGUGAUCCGCUUCCUGAUGCCGUACUACCGCCAGCAGAAGAUCAAAUCGAAGGAGCUGUUCAAGGGGCUGGCGCGAGCCAUUUCGCACAAGUUCUACGACGUGGAGGUUGUAGUUGACCGAAAGGUGAAAAAAUAUAUCGACGACCUGAUGACGCACAAGGGUGUGAUAAAGAGCGAGGCAGAUUUCCCCCACUAGCUGCGCAACCCCGGCGGUGACGGCGACGACGUCGUCGGCCAAUGUAAAUAUUAAAUCGUCUUGCAAGGAGAAGAUACCCGCAGCAGUAGUUUUACGAAGCAAACCAGUUGUCUGUAGUAGGAUCCUAGUGCUUAAAAGUAGCAGAACAAACAGUUGAAUUUCACGAACACACACACACUCACUCACAGCUUGCAGGAGACAGGUCUUGUUGAACAAGAAAAAGUGUAGCGUAGCGCACGAACAAGACAGAAGGGAGAGAUUACUUACCAAGCUCACUCACGUAGGCCGUAGGAACCCAGAUAUUUAUUGUUGAUGAGUUUAUUACUUUCUUGGAAUUACACGAUAAAACCUUUGAAUAGUGUCACUAGAAGGGGAAAGCCGACCUUGGUUCGGCAACGAGAAUGGUGAUUUAGUUUCGGCAAAUAUCGCGAUAAGAUAGUGUUGUGGCAGUUGUGACUACUACCUGCAUUUUUCCGAGUAGUAACAAAUAAAAAUUGAGGAAUAUAUAAGUCAAAACAAAGCUCUGUACGGUUAGUAUCCCCUUAAGGUUAUAUUUUUGUUUAAUUCCGUUUAUUCGUCCGAAUAAACUUUGUUCUCGUACCA